AUGAUGCGUUGUGAGAAGCUUCGAUUGAGAAGAGGCCAAAAUUUCGGAAGCCGGAACCAGGGCGCGGCAGGAAUACAGACCAAUUCAAACCUGCAACCCAGUAAAAAACGCCAUCCCACAAUCCGUCAGCCUCCCAAAACAAACCCAAAUGAUAUCCAGAAGUGUCCCAAAGCGGUCACCGAAUUCGAAGAAGUUCACGAUUUCGAGGACCAAGCCAGUCAGUCCACCACAGUCGCACCGACCGAGUCGACCACGCUUUCAUUCAACGGAAAUCGUCUAAUGACCUCCGAUUACAGUUCGAACACGUGCAGUGAUUCCUACACCUAUUCGGGACCACUGGUGUUUGACCUACUCGGUGAUCACCUUUCGGAUAACGGAUUCUAUAACGUCUGCUCCACAUCGUGUAGUGAAUGCCGGGAAAGACGAGGAUUUCUGGAACAACUAUCUUCUAUGCGCAGCUCUUCGGCGGAAUCGAUGUCAGACGAGACUGGUAGCUGGGACUACUUUGAUCCAGAUGAGAUGUUGAGUUUCGGUCCCGUGGAUUGUUCUCAAUGGGUUCAAGACCUGAUAUUGGAAGAACCUCAGUUGGGUGUGGGAGACGAAACCUUGAAGCCAUUUCGCAAUACUCGAAAUCCUUCAGCGGCACGGAGAAUUGGUCUCACAGACCAGGAACAGAUCAUGGCGAUUGGAGGAUUAGGGAAGAAUCCGGCCUCAGUUGAAACUGGCUCUUCCGAAUCUGUCGAGGUGCGUAUCAACGCCGGAGCCCGUUCCACGUUCAAAAGUAACCUGGGGUUGAUUAUUUCUUGCCUGGGUAGUGCUGUGGGUACCGGUAAUAUUUGGCGGUUCCCUCGUAUAUUGGCUUCACACAGUUCAUCAAGAGGUUCAUUGGCAUUUUAUAUUGCUUGGGUCAUUCUCCUGUUUUGCUGGUCCAUUCCCGUCAUUUUACUCGAAUAUGCACUUGGUCGUUUCACGCGAAAUUCCGUACCAGUGGCAUUUAAAAAAUUCCUGGGCAAUUAUUCGAUUUGGAUCGGAGGCUGGUUGGUUACUUCGGUAUUCUUCCUCAGUUCAUUUCAUGCGCCCUUCGAUCCAGGCAGUUUGGCUGACAGUAGUUUGUGGAUUGCCGCAGCCAGUCAGAACGCGUUUGAUACGGGGGCCGGAAUGGCACUGCUUAUGACGUACGCGAUGUACGUCGGUCAUGAGGCGAAAAUUGUACACUACAGCACAUUCAUACCGAUAACAAACAACCUUGUGAGUGUUUACGCCUCCAUCACACUCUUCUCAACGGUCUUUUCCACUCUGGUCGCGGACAAUCCCUGUCUGACACGAUCGGCAAUCGUGAAAAUCAUUCAAACGACCGGUCCUGGAAGUACCGGACUGACAUUCACCUGGUUCAGUGGUCGCGACGCCAAAUUUCAUGUCCUAGUCCUUGCUCGUACCAACACAGAACUGACUAUCCAAAUAGAAAACAUUCUGGGACUGCACUAA